UCAACCCUGAAACCUUCAGCUAUCACACCGAAGCCCAGCUCCUCACCCUCCACAAUGAAGGUCUCUUCAGUGUUUCUGUGCCUGCUGCUCACCACUGCUGCCAUCGGCACCCAUGUGCUUGCCCAACCAGGUGCAGUGUUCACUUCUGAUGACUGCUGCUUUUAUAUGUACCCAAAAAGUGUCUCCAUCCAGAAGCUGAAGAGCUACACAAGAAUCACCAACAUCAACUGUCCCAAGGAAGCUGUGAUCUUCAAGACCAAACUCGAUAGAAGAAUCUGUGCUGACCCCAACGAGAAGUGGGUCAAGGAUUGCAUCAAGCGCCUGGACCAAAUGUCCCAAACUUUAAAGCCUUGAAU